AUGGGAAGAGUGAAGGGAGAUGGGGGGAAAGUGCAGGCAGAUGGAGGGGAAAGUGAAUGGAGAAUUGGGGGAGAAGAGAGAGAGCGAGGGCUGGAAAGAGAGAGAGAGAGAGAGCGAGGGCUGGAAAGAGAGAGAGAGAGAGAGCGAGGGCUGGAAAGAGAGAGAGAGAGCGAGGGCUGGAAAGAGAGAGAGAGCGAGGGAGGGCUGGAAAGAGAGAGAGAGAGAGAGAGAGAGAGAGAGAUGGUUCAAAUGGCUCUGAAGAGAGAGAGAGAGAGAGCGAGGGCUGGAAAGAGAGAGAGAGAGAGAGAGCGAGGGCUGGAAAGAGAGAGAGAGAGAGAGAGCGAGGGCUGGAAAGAGAGAGAGAGAGAGAGAGCGAGGGAAGAAGGAUGGGGAGAGACAGAUGGCAUAAGUGAGGAAGAAGGAUGGGGAGAGACAGAUGGAAUAAGUGAGGAAGAAGGAUGGGGAGAGACAGAUGGAAUAAGUGAGGAAGAAGGAUGGGGAGAGACAGAUGGAAUAAGUGAGGAAGAAGGAUGGGGAGAGACAGAUGGAAUAAGUGAGGAAGAAGGAUGGGGAGAGACAGAUGGAAUAAGUGAGGAAGAAGGAUGGGGAGAGACAGAUGGCAUCAGUGAGGAAGAAGGAUGGGGAGAGACAGAUGGAAUAAGUGAGGAAGAAGGAUGGGGAGAGACAGAUGGAAUAAGUGAGGAAGAAGGAUGGGGAGAGACAGAUGGAAUAAGUGAGGAAGAAGGAUAUGAGAGUAGAGAACGACGAGACUGAAGUGAGAGUAGAGAACGACGAGACUGAAGUGAGAGUAGAGAACGACGAGACUGA